CCAAGUUCGAUCCCUUUUGAAAAUAUUCGAUGCAUUGAGGACCGUUAGCUUUGAUCUUUGCUCGUUUUGCUCCCUUGAAUCCUGGUUCCAGGUGGUGCGACGAUGCAGGGAGGACCAUCCGGUAUCGGCUACGGUCUCAAUUCGUGGUCGCGGGCCAGAUGCAUUUCCGAUGUCAAGGCAGACACAGAUCACACCAGCUUCAUCACCGGAACUCUCAGCCUCAAAGAAGACAACGAGGUGCAUUUGAUUCGGUUCUCUUCCGACGGAACGGAGCUCAUAUGUGAGGGCUUGUUUUCGCAUCCUAAUGAGAUCUGGGAUCUCGUUUCGUGCCCCUUUGAUCAACGCAUGUUCUCUACUGUUUUCUUUACUGUUUCACACGCCAUUAACCCAACUAGAGACUGGGACGCGGAUUGGCUUCGAAAUCUCCUCCCUAACAAUGUAGUUGCUCAGAUCUUGGCAACUCCAAUUCCAGCAUUUCAACAACAAGAGGAUACAGUGUUUUGGAAUGGCUCACCAGAUGGUACUUUCUCUGCUAAGUCGGCUUUCGAACUGUUGCAACAACAACAUGUUGUUUUAACUCAGCAAGAAGAGAGUUGGGGAGUGCUCACAAACAGUGUCAGAUUUGCGAGACACCUUGCUGCAACUCCAAUUUUCUCGAGAUGCGAGCAGAGCCCAGAAACCCCACUUCACCUAUUGCGUGAUUGCUACCACUCACGUUUGUUCUGGGAAGCUGCUUCUUUGUUACCUCCUGACUUUUUCAUGCUGGGCUUUAACGAAUGGUUGUGGAAGAAUGCACAAACUUCAGCAACUAGUGAUGCUUCACGUCAUAACUGGUCUACACUUUUCUUAUCUGCCAUUUGGGUGAUCUGGAAGAAUAGAAACGCUCUUAUUUUUGACAAUCAAAAAACUCCCCCCUAUAUCCUAUUUCAACAGGCUUCCUCCUUAGCUAGAGACACAAGCUUGGGGUUGGCCACAAACAUUCUUGCUCACCCUCGCCUACCUAGGUGGGUAAGAUGGUUUCCUCCUAAUUUCCCUUUCCUCAAAUUGAAUACAGAUGGGGCAAGGAGUCAGGCAUCGGGAAAUGCUAGUGCAGGAGGUCUCAUUCGAGAUCAUGGAGGGCAGUGGCUACAUGGCUUUGCGAUUAAUAUUGGGCCACAAACUAACUAUAUGGCGGAGCUUUGGGGUUGUCGCGCUGGCCUUCGGUUAGCUCUUGAGAUGGGUCUUACCCACCUGGUCCUUGAAAUGGAUUCCUUGUUGGCGGUGCAGGCGAUACUGGCAAGGAAAACCGGGGAUGGCCCAGCUUCAAUACUUUUGUUGGACAUCUUCCACCUUGUAAAUUCCUUUGAGGUUUGCACGGUGCAACACACUUUGAGAGAAGGAAACGCAGCAACUGAUUACAUGGCCUCUAUUGGACAAACUCUCACCCAGGGUACUGGUUUUUUUCAAUCUCCACCUCCGGGCAUUAGGAGCAUCCUUCAUAAAGACAGCAUAGGCACUUUGUUCCUCAGGACUUAGCGUUGUCUAGCUUCUUAUGUACCAAAAAAAAAAAAAAAUAAGGAUUUCAACUUUGCAUUUUUUUCUAUUUAAAGAUGUUAACUUUUUCAGUUUCUAUAUAAAGAUGUCAACUUUCA